AUGGAUAAAUUAUCAAUCAGCUCAGAGUUGCUGUUAAGGAUAGACUCAAUGGUCCUCACAGGUAUGAUUGACACUGGGGAGGCGUCUGAUUUGAGAAGCUUGAUCAUGGAUUCAAAAGUUAGUGUGGCUGACAACUUCUCUGAAAUCCUGAAUGGUAGUGAUGCAGAACUUCUGGCGGAACUCCAACAGUUCUCAGGCAAAAAGAAAAAGUAA